GUAAGAGGAGGACAGAUGAUGAGGCUCUUUUUAGGAAGUGUGGAUAAAAUAUUCAAAGGAUUGUGUCUGUUUUUCAUUAGAUGUAACAAUGAUACGGUGAUAACGGAAAAAAACAUACAUGUGGAACUACACUUCUCAGUGUUAGACGCCACAGAAGGAUUGUUUUCUGGAAUUACUGAUUUACUGUCGAAGGUAUUUGUGCCGGCUAUCAAUGCUACAGACAGCUGGGGACCACUAAACCUGUCCAGGCACGGAGACAGCGAGAAACAGCGGUUUAAAGAGACUAUUGAUCAUUGCCUGUCUUAUUUCUUAGGAGUGAAAACAACCAUCGAUGGAAUAGUCAAGCUAAAUAACAUUGAAUCCAUCAACUUCACUAUGAUGCAGUCCUUUGAAGGUAUAAGGGCAGCAGCAUCCGAUAAAGCAGUGGUUGCCAAAUGUGAAGAAGCACUAAUGGUGUGGUGCAAUCAGAUUCAGCAGGCUUUGUUUGAGAGUGAACUGGUUAGAAAAGAAGCAGGUGAUUGCGGUCCUAUAACUGAGCUGGAACACUGGAUAAGAAUGUAUGUGAAGUUCAGCUUUAUUAUUGAACAAGUCAAAGGGGAGAAUUUUAAAGCUGUUGUUGUUGUGUUGAAUAUGGCUAAAUCCAAAAUUAUAGAGGUGUGGAAAGAGCUAGAUGGCCACAUUACAGAUGCAGCUAAUGAGUCCAAAGACAAUGUCAAAAUUUUACAUGCCCUUGAGCAAGUCUGCCAGCCACUUUACACAUUUGACUUGGCUUCCGUGGUGCGUGGCAUUCAGAAACUGCUAAAUGUGAUUCAGGCAAUCUAUCGUAUUUCUGGAUACUACCAAACAUCAGAACAUAUUACAUCACUUUUCGUGAAGGUUGCAAAUCAAAUAGUUACUGCCUGUAAAGCAUACAUUACUGAAACGGGAAGACGUAUCAUUUGGGAUCAGGAUGUAGAAUCUGUGAUGGUAAAAAUUCAGGAAUGCACCUUUCUUAUUCAGGAAUACCAGGAGUGUUUUCAUAGAAAGCAAGCAUACAGUGAAAUGCAGAAUGAAAAAGCUUUUGAUGUGUCAGAGAGCUACAUAUUUGGAAAAUUAGAAGCUUUUUGUGAGCGGACGGAUAAGAUUGGAAAAAUGUUAUCAAUUGUGCAAACCUACUCAGCUCUAAGCAAAUGUACAACUGAAGGAAUUGAUCGCUUCUACAUAAAGUUUCAAAAUACUUAUCAGAACAUUAGAAAAAGGACUUUUAAUAUUCUGGACAUGAAGAAAACAGAAUUUGAUGACAAUUUUACUGAAUUUAUGGAGCAAAUAAAUAAUUUAGAGAGCACAUGUGCAGGUGCUGAAACCUGCUCAAACCAGUUCGGCUUGUCAGGAAAGGCUGCCAAAAACAUGGAUGUGGAGAAGCUGCUGAGUUUAAUUAAGGCGAGGCCCCAGCUAUGGGACACCCGGACAGACAGCUACCACAACAAGUUCUUAAAGGAUCGUGGCUGGGAGGAGGUAACCCAGGAAAUGUUUGCCAGACAUUGGGAGAGGGCCAAUUCCGCCAAACGCAAAAAAUUUAGGACCGUGGACAGCCUGGACCAACAGAGGGUUCCUGGUUUCAGCAGCAGUGAUUCGGAGCCGCCAGCGGCUGGCCAGGACUCCCCUCGUCCAGAGGAUCCCCAGUUUGGGAUUGAGCAGCAGCAGCAGAGGGAGGAAUCGUCGCCUCAGGAGGGACCUUCAGCACCACAAGUCUCCAGCCCAGAGGCCAGAAGAAGACCGGACCAGAUGCAGGGCUUUAUGAGGAACUGCAUUGGAAGAGUCACAUCUCCACAAGAAGCCAUUCAGGUCCUUCACAGGUUCGGAAAGUUAAACAUCCCGUGCUUGAAUUCUGAAAUUCCAAAUACCACUAAAUGUAUUCUUCAGAAUUACAUGGAGAUGCUUCAGUCCACUAAAAUGCUCUAUGAACAUUACAAGGAGGAUCCUCCGGCUGUCAAGAACAUGCCUCCUGUAUCAGGCAGGAUCCUGUGGUCCAGACAGCUGCUCAGCAGGAUAACUGAGCCGAUCACAUAUCUGAAGACCAGUGCUGACAUAUUAUCAAGCCCGGAUGGUAAAGCUGCUGUGCAGCUGUAUAAUAGGAUGUUAUAUGUUUUGGUGGAAUUUGAAGUUUUCCAUUACAACUUUUGGCUUAAUGACUUCUCCACUGAGCUGCAGGACGCACUGCAGGCAAAGUUAUUGGUUCACCAUUCUGAAACCAAGCAGAUGUUUGUUAACUUUGAUCCUAAAUUUCUAGAGAUUUUUCAAGAAACAAAGUGCAUGAUGAAGAUGGGUUUGGAUAUUCCAGAAGAAGCUGAAGCAUUUCUGAGAGCAGAAGCUGAACUAAACUCAAAUCAUCUCCAGCUGGAAAAAUUACUCAAGACGUAUAAGACUCUUUGUAGUCAGAUCCACCCUGCCUUCACAGAUCUGACGUCUGGGAAAAUUAGAAAGGUGGAGUCCACUUUACAUAAGGGCCUCACAGAUUUAACAUGGUCGUCUGUUGCACUUGCACGCUUUUUUGAAGAUUUAGAUGCAGAUCUUCAAAUGGUCAGUCAGCUUGUAAACAAGGUGAAUGGCAUCCACAGGAUUCGCAUUGAUACAGUCUUGAAUGAUAUAGCAGAAACCUUAUUGAUAAUCCUGCCUGAUGAUGGACCAACCACAGUCGAAAAUCUGCUUGCUCGUAAUGAGAUUUACACAAAAGAAAUGGCAAAAUAUUUGAACCACAGAAGUGAACAGAUUGAGCAAGCUGUGCAAGAACUCAUUUGCAUUUUUGAAUCUGUGUACGAACCAAAACCUGCAACGAAUACUAAACCAUUGAGCAAAAAAAAAGGUGCCAAACGAGUUGCAUUUACUGAUGUAGAUGAAUAUGAAGAGGUCUUGGAAGAACAGGCAAAAGAUGAAGAAUUUAGUAAGCAAUGCAAUGAGCUGUACUCUUAUUUUACCGGACAGCUAGUGGACAGUCUGCAGAAAUGCACUCGCCUUUCACUGGAUUUUUUAAAAAGAAAACUAUUUAUUUCUAGCCAGCGCCAUAGAAGUCAAGAAAUCGAGCAGUUCUGCAAGACACAAGUCCACCUUGUGAUGGAUAACGUCGUAAUGCUUCCAAGUCUGGAUAACAUACAGCAGGCCAUAAAUAAUUUAAUUCAGUUUGUACUGGAAGUUAGCCGCAGUGUCUAUCAGUGGGAACAGUGGAAGCUGCCGGAAGGUGCUUCUGUACAAGAUCGGAGCUUGGGUGCAACAAGAGCAAUGGUGACGCCCUCACUGCACCAAACCCUUUAUUUUUUUUUUUCAGAAGUGAAAGAGGACAAUCCAACGAGGAACUUCUAUUCUUGUAUUGCUGAGAGUAUGACCAUUUCAAAGCUGGUUCUACUUCUGUCUACCUCUGUGAAUUCACUCAGGGAAAGUGCUAGGGAUGCACUUGGAGGCUUUGAAAAAUACAGAACUCUUUGGAUGGAAAAUAGAGAAUCUAAAGUGAAGGAAUAUGUAAGUGAAAAACAAUCUCUUGGUGAAAUCAAAGAAAGAAUUUCAUAUUAUGAUUUGUUAGAACAAGAUGUGAAUGAAAUCAACCCAGCCUUACAUGUAGGAUUCAUUGAACUUAACACAGCUCCCAUAAAAGUGUCCAUAUCUACUGAAGCAAAAGCUUGGAAACUGCUGUUAUGUAGAUACUUGCAUCAGGAAUACAAGAUGAAGAUGGCCGACAUUUCAGAAUUUAUAGCUGAAUACUUGAAAAUAUUAUCUCGUCCGAUUCUUGAUUUAGAUGACGUGCAGUUUGUCAUGAAGGCCCUGACAAUUAUCAGGGAAAAUGAAAUCCGGAUCGACAGAAGUGUGGGGCCAGUAGAAGAAGCGUACGCAACCUUAAGUAGAUUUCAGGUCAACGUAACAAGAGAAGAAACAGACGUUGUCGAUUCUUUGAGAUAUUCUUUUAAGAAGUUCCUUUGCAAAGUUGAGUCUGUUCAAGAUGAACUGAUUCGUUUACAACCAGAACUUAAAAGCAAGCUCACAGAGUCUGUAGGAUCUCUUCAGAAGGAUAUGGUGGCAUUUGAUGCUGAAUAUGAGAAGGAAGGACCAUUGGUUCCAGGUAUAACAUCUCAAGAAGCCAGUGCAAGGUUACAGAUAUUUCAGAUUCGUUUUGAUGAACUUUGGAGACAAUGUAUUGCUUAUUCUUCUGGAGAACAGCUCUUUGGCUUACCUGUGUCUGACUAUGACAUUCUACAUAAGAGGAGGAAGGAGCUCGGGCUGUUACAGAAUCUGUAUGGAUUAUACGAUGCCGUGACUAGCAGCAUAAGCAGAUACUAUGAGACCCUGUGGACAGAUAUAAACGUUGAGUGGAUUAGUGCAGAGCUGCAGGAUUUUCAGGAGAAAUGUAAUAAACUUCCAAAGGACUUGAAACACUGGCAAGCUUUCCUGGAUCUCAAGAAAAGAAUAGAUGACUUCAGUGAAUUUUGUCUUUUGUUAGACAUGAUGAGAAAUAAAACUCUGAAGAAGCGGCACUGGGGCCGUAUUGCAGAUCUUAUAGGAUGCAAGCUUGAUGUUCAGUAUGAUUCAUUUUGCUGGAGUAACAUCAUGGAAACCUCAGUUCUUCAACAUAAAGAUGAGAUUGAAGAUAUCUGUACAUCGGCAGUGAAGGAGAAGGACAUCGAAAGUAAAUUAGGACAGGUGACAAGCAUCUGGAACAACCAGUUUUUAAGGUUUUCACCAUUUAAAGGCAGAGGAGAACUAUUAAUAAAAGGAGCAGAAGCUGCAGAGAUCCGUGUUACAAUGGAGGACAAUCUGAUGGUCCUUGGGACAUUGCUUAAUAACAGAUAUAAUGAACCUUUUAAACAGACCAUUCAGAGCUGGAUCCACAAGCUGAGCAUAUCCUCCGACAUCCUAGAGGAGUGGUUGCUGGUUCAGACUCUCUGGAUUUACCUGGAAGCUGUUUUUGUUUCUGGAGAUAUAGCAAGUCAGUUACCUCAGGAGGCCAAACGGUUCAAGAACAUAGACAAGACCUGGGUGAAGCUAAUGCAGCGAGCUCGUGACAAAGGCAACGUAAUUCAGUGCUGCGCUGGGGAUGAAUCCUUGAUCCAGCUGCUUCCUCAUCUACACGAACAGCUGCAGAUCUGUCAGAAGUCACUCACAGGGUAUUUGGAGAGAAAAAGGCUAGUUUUUCCAAGAUUUUUUUUCAUAUCUGACCCUGUCCUUUUGGAGAUACUUGGACAAGCAAAUGAUUCUCAUGCCAUCCAGCCUCAUCUAGCUGCGCUUUCUGACAAUAUUAACGAGGUAGAAUUCUGUGCUACAGACUACGACCAGAUUUUAACUGUAGUGUCAAGAGAAGGAGAAGUUAUUAAGUUGGACCGUCCAGUUAAGGCCCUGGGUCCAGUAGAGGAGUGGUUGGGAGAGCUGCUUUGCAUGCAGCAGAGUUCAUUACAUGAAGUGAUAAGAUCAGUGUACCAGGAGAUCACUGAUGAUGGAUUUCAGCUUCUCAGCUUUCUUAGCAACUUUCCAGCACAGGUCACUCUGUUGGGCCUUCAGAUAUUAUGGACACAUGACUCUGAAGAAGCUUUGUGCACCAUAAAGGAAGAUCGAAAAGUCAUGCAAAGAACCAACCAGAAGUUCCUGGAAAUCUUAAAUACAUUAAUGAGCCAGACAGUGCGAAUCCUUAAAAAAUACGAAAGGAUCAAGUUUGAAUCUCUAAUCACGAUUCAUAUGCACCAGAGAGAUGUGUUUGAUGGCCUGGUAAAAAUGCGCAUCCGAUCAGCAAAGGACUUUGAGUGGCUGAAGCAGAGCCGGGUCUAUUUCAAGGACAGUCUGGACAAAGUGCUUGUGUCCAUCAUGGAUGUGAAUUUUGUGUAUCAGAAUGAAUUUCUGGGCUGUGCUGAGCGGCUUGUACCCACACAACUAACCAAUCGGUGUUACAUUGCUCUGGCUCAGGCUAUAGGACUGAACAUGGGAGGAGCUGCCGCUGGUCCUGCUGCUGCUGGAAAGACGGAAACCGUAAAGGAUAUGGGAAAAGCUUUGGGGAAAUACGUGGUAAUCUUUAACUGUUCUCCCCAGAUGGACUGCAGGGCGCUUGGACGAAUAGUUAAAGGUCUUGCUCGGUCAGGGUCCUGGGGCUGCUUUGAUGAAUUCAGCCGUAUAGAGCUCCCGGUGCUUUCAGUGGCUUCACAGCAAAUUUAUAUUGUGCUAUCUGCCCAAAAAAUAAGGAGAAAACAGUUUACGUUCAGUGAUGGGGAAAUAGUUGACCUAAAUCCAGAAUUUGGAAUAUUUCUUACAAUGAGUCCCAAACACGCCGACUUCCAGGAUCUCCCGGAGAACUUGAAGAUACAGUUUAGAAUGGUUUCUAUGAUGGUACCUGACAAACAGAUGAUUAUGAGAGUAAAGCUGGCCAGCGCUGGCUUCCUGUACAACGUGUCCUUGUCUCGGAAGUUUUAUGUCCUGUAUAAACUCUGUGAAGAGCAGCUAUCAGAGCAGGGUCAUUAUGACUUUGGCUUGAGAAACAUCCUAUCGGUUUUAAGAACGCUGGGGGAAGAGAAAAGAGCAAAACCAAAUGAGAGUGAAUCCAAUAUCGUGAUGAGAGGAUUGCAAGAUAUGAACCUUUCCAUGUUGGUUGAUGAAGAUAAGCCCCUCUUCCACAGUCUGAUCAAUGACCUUUUCCCAGGCACUCAGGUUCAGAGCAGUUCAUACACAAAUCUUCAAAAUGCUGUUGCAAACCAAGUGAGGAUAUCUGGGCUGGUAAAUCACCCUCCUUGGAACCUCAAAUUAAUCCAGCUGUACGAAACCGCUCAAGUACGUGACGGCCUGAUGACACUUGGUUCUAGUGGUUCUGGAAAAUCCUCACUUAUUAAUGUGCUCAUGAGAGCCAUGACAGAAUGUGGGUUUCCACAUCGGGAGGUGCGCAUGAACCCAAAGGCCAUUACAGCGUCUCAGAUGUUUGGACGCCUGGAUACAGCAACCAAUGACUGGACAGAUGGAAUAUUCUCCGCACUGUGGAGGAAGACACUGAAAACCAAAGCAGGUGAACAUGUCUGGCUUGUCUUGGAUGGUCCUGUAGAUGCCACAUGGAUAGAGAACCUCAGUUCAGUGCUGGAUGAUAAUAAAACCCUCACGUUGGCCAAUGGUGACCGCGUUCCAUUGGCUCCAGGCUGCAAGCUGCUGUUUGAAGUGGAUAGUAUAGAGAAUGCAUCACCUGCAGCAGUAUCUCGGAUGGGCAUGGUCUUCCUCAGCUCAUCAGUUCUCGAUUGGAGGCCAAUAUUAAAGGCUUGGUUAAAUAAGCGUUCCGCUGAAGAAAGAGAUAUUUUUCAAGCCUUCUAUGAUGAAGUAUUUGAGGAUGCUUAUACAUACAUGCAUCUGAAUCUUCAUCCAAAAAUGCGGCUCCAGGAGUGUAGUUACAUCAUGCAGUCCAUUCUCCUCUUGGAAGGCUGUAUUCCUACAAUAGCAGGGUGCAGUGUUCCAGACCCAGGCCAUCUCCACAGAUUAUUUGUCUUCGCUCUGAUGUGGAGUUUAGGGGCCCUCCUUGAGCUGGACAGUCGUGAGCGCCUUGAGGCCUUUCUUAGAAGCCAUGAAUACAAGUUGGACUUACCAGAAGCUGAUCCAGGGACUUGCCAGACAAUGUUUGAGUUCCUAGUAAAUGAAAAUGGCGACUGGGAGCACUGGAAUAAGAGAGUGUCACAAUAUUCCUAUCCAAGACAUUUCAUUCCAGAAUAUGCUUCCAUAAUGGUUCCUGAUAUUGACAACGUCCGGACUCAGUUUCUAAUAGAUACGAUUGCAAAACAGCAAAAAGCUGUUCUACUGACUGGAGAACAGGGCACUGGAAAGACAGUGAUGAUUAACGCUUACCUGAAGAGAUAUAACAUAGAAGAACACGUGUGGAAAUCAUUAAACUUCUCUGCAGCAACUGAACCCCUCAUGUUCCAGAGAGCGAUGGAAAGCUUUGUGGACAAGCGUAUCGGCAGCACACAUGGCCCGUCCGGUGGUAGAAAAAUGACCGUGUUCAUUGACGACAUUAACAUGCCAGCCUUCAAUGACUGGGGAAACCAGGUAACGAAUGAAAUAGUUCGCCAGAUGAUGGAAAUGAAAGGGAUGUACAGCUUAGACAAGCCUGGAGAUUUUACAGCUAUCGUGGAUGUGCAGUUCAUAGGGGCCAUGAUACAUCCAGGAGGAGGACGUAACGAUAUCCCGCAGCGUUUAAAGAGACAGUUUACCAUUUUUAACUGUACAUUGCCCUCCAGUGCGUCUAUUGACAAGAUAUUUGGAGUCAUAGGAUGUGGAUAUUUUCAUUCCUGUAGGAACUUCAGAGCAGACGUAUGCAGCCUGGUGAAGAAGCUGGUGCCAGCCAGCAGAGCUCUGUGGAAGAUGACAAAGAUGAAAAUGCUUCCUACCCCCUCCAAAUUUCACUACACCUUCAGUUUACGAGACCUUUCCCGAAUUUGGCAAGGAAUGUUAACUAUCAAAGCUGAAGAGUGCACUAGUGUGUCCACGCUUCUGGCUCUUUUCAGGCAUGAAUGUCAGCGAGUUAUUGCAGACAGGUUUGUAUGUCAUGAAGACCACAGCUGGUUUGAUAAAUCUCUUGCGCAAGUUAUUGCAGAAAAUGUGGAUCCACAGUUGGUGUCAGAAGUACAAAAUGAUUUCUAUUUUGUGGAUUUUCUGAGGGAUGUGCCAGAACGUUCUGGAGAAGAGCCAGAAGACGUUGUUCCUGAAGCUCCAAAAUUAUAUGAGAUGGUUGCAAGUUUUGAAUUUCUGUGUGAAAAAUUGAGGCACUUCCAAAAACAGCUAAAUGACACAGGGAUAGGAUCUCCCAUUGAGCUGGUAUUGUUCAGAGAUGCCGUGAUACAUCUCAUUAAGGUUUCACGCAUCAUCCGCACUGCCCGUGGAAAUGCUCUGUUAAUAGGAGACACUGGGUCAGGAAAGCAGAGUCUGUCACGGCUCGCCUCGUUUAUUGCAGGAUAUAAAAUAUUCCAAAUUGUUCGUACAAGAUCUUACGGAGUAUCGGACCUGCUGGAGGACCUAAAGGUUCUCUACAAAAUGGCUGGAGUUGAAGGAAGGGGCGUAACAUUUAUUUUAACUGAUAAUGAUAUCCGAGAAGAAUUCUUCCUGGAAUAUAUGAACAAUAUUCUUUCUUCAGGAGAGGUUUCUAAUCUGUUUUCUCGGGAAGAGCUGGAAGAGAUCGCUCAGCCUUUGCUACCAGUUAUGAAGAGGGAUUUUCCAGGUCACCCCCCAACAUUUGAGAAUUUGUAUGAGUAUUUUCUCUCUCGGUGUAGGAGGAACCUGCAUGUCGUACUCUGCCUUUCACCUGUCGGUAACAAGUUACGGACACGAUCUUUGAAGUUCCCGGCUCUUAUCACUGGCUGCACUAUGGACUGGUUUAGUCACUGGCCGAGGCAAGCUUUAGUAGCCGUCUCCUCUUACUUCCUGUCUGGGCUUGACAUUGCAUGCAGCUCUGAAGGCAAAUCCAAUGUGAUGGAGGCCAUGGCAGUAUUUCAUGACCAGAUGUCAGAGAAUUGUGAGAGUUAUUUUCACAGAUUUCGGCGGAGGGCUCAUGUAACAUCCAAAUCAUAUCUAUCAUUUAUACAUAGCUACAAAAAGAUCUACGCUGAAAAAUGUAAAUCCAUGAAUGAACAGGCCGAGCUCAUGAACAAAGGACUCUCCAAGCUCAUGGAAGCCAGCGAAUCUAUGGGAAAUGUAUCCAAGGAGCUUGCAGAGAAGGAGAACGAAUUGGCUCUGGCAUCUCUGAUAGCCGACAAGGUGCUGGCAGAAGUGACAUUAACUGCACAGGCAGCAGCUAAAGUGCAGAACGAAAUGCAGCUGGUAAAAGACAAAGCUCAGAGCAUUGCGCAGCAAAUAGAAAGUGAGAAGCGUAUGGCGGAAAGUAAACUGGAGGCUGCAAGACCCGCUCUACUGGAGGCAGAAGCUGCAUUAAAUACGAUCAAACCUGUGGAUAUUUCUACAGUUCGGAAGCUUGCAAAGCCGCCACAUCUGGUCAUGAGGAUCAUGGAUGCCUGCCUUCUGUUGUUGCAAAAGAGGCUUGAUCCAGUAGUCAUGGAUCCUGACAAACCCUGCUGUAGGCCUUCCUGGGGAGAGUCAGUAAAGCUCAUGAGCACUUCUGGAUUCCUUCAGUCCCUUCAUCAGUUCCCAAAAGACUGUAUUACUGAGGAGAUGGUGGAGUUAUUGCAGCCCUAUUUUCAGAUGGAAGAUUACACAAUGGAAAAUGCAAGGAAGCUCGGUGGUAAUGUUUCCGGUCUUAUGUCAUGGACACAAGCAAUGGUGACAUUUUAUGAAGUCAACAAGGAGGUACUGCCAUUAAAGGAAAGUCUCAUGAAGCGACAUCACCAUUUAGAAGUUGCUAAUUGUGAAAUGACAAAUGUGCAGCAGCAGCUGGAUGAAAAACUAGCCGAACUGGAUGUGGCUCAGUCCAAAUUUGAUGGAGCAAUGUUACAAAAAAUGAAUCUUCUCAGUGAGGCAGAACUUUGCAGAAAGAAAGUGAAAACUGCAUCAGAUCUUCUCGAUGGACUCAGCGGAGAGAGGAUCAGAUGGACCGAACAAAGCAGAGCAUUGAACUCUCAGAGUAACAGGCUCGCUGGUGAUGUCCUCAUAGUGUCCGCAUUCCUCUCAUAUUGUGGACCUUUCAACCAAAUAUUCAGGAACCUCCUGCUAAAAGACAUAUGGGAAAAGGAACUGCAAAGAAGGAAGAUCCCAUUUUCAGAGAACCUGGGUAUAGUGUCCAUGUUAGCAGAUGAGCCAAUGGUGAGCGAAUGGAUUCUUCAGGGUUUACCAGGAGAUGAUUUUUCCAUCCAGAAUGGUUUAAUCAUUACUAAAUCGACCAGAUAUCCUCUCCUUAUUGAUCCGCAGAGUCUAGGGAAGACAUGGAUGAAGAACAAGGAGAAAAUCAAUGAACUCCAGGUGACCUGCCUUAAUCACAAGUAUUUCCGCACUCACUUAGAGGACUGUCUGUCAUUAGGAAGGCCUCUUCUCAUUGAAGAUAUUGGAGAAGACCUGGAUCCAUCCUUGGAUAAUGUUUUAGAAAAAAACUUUAUUAAAUCCGGAAACUCCUUUAAGGUGAAAGUAGGAGAGAAAGAAGUUGAUGUAAUGGACAAGUUCAGGCUCUACAUAACCACCAAGCUGCCAAAUCCUGUCUUCACGCCUGAAAUCAAUGCAAAGGCUGCACUAAUUGACUUCACUGUUACAAUGAAAGGACUGGAGAAGGAGCUGCUGGGCAGAGUCAUCCUGGCUGAGAAGCAGGAACUGGAAGCAGACAGAAUUAAGCUGAUGCAAGAGGUUAAUGUGAAUAGACAUAAAAUGAAGGAGCUGGAGGAUAAUUUACUGUAUAGGCUAAGUGCAACCACAGGAUCUCUGGUGGAAGAUAAAUCUCUAUUGGAAGUUCUCAGAAUUACUAAGCAGAUAGUCUGCGAAGUGCGCGAGAAGCUGCAUGUCGUCAUUGACGCAGAAGCAAAAAUCAGCAAAGCCCAGGAGCAAUAUCGCCCAGUGGCCACACGGGGCAGUGUCCUCUAUUUCCUGACCAUAGAGAUGAGCUCAGUCAAUAUCAUGUACCAGAUGUCACUCCACCAGUUCCUCAAGCUGUUUGAUAGAUCCUUGUCCAGAUCAGAGAAAAGUCCUCUCAUCCAGAAAAGACAAAGCAACAUCACUGAAUAUUUGACGUAUGAAGUUUUUAGAUAUUACUCAAGAGGUUUGUAUGAGAGGCAUAAAUUCCUGUUUGCUUUGCUCCUGACGCUGAGAGUUGACCUGCAGCAGGGAAAGAUCAAACACAAGGAAUUCCAAGUUCUUCUUCAAGGUGGAGCGGCUAUUGACCUGAAAUCUUGUCCUCCAAAGCCUUUCAAAUGGAUUCUUGACAUGACCUGGACGAAUCUUGUAGAACUGAGCAGAUUGCCUCAUUUUUCAGAGAUUAUUACUCAGGUGACCCGCAAUGAAAAGGGUUGGAAGAUUUGGUUUGACCGUGACACCCCUGAAGAGGAAAUCAUUCCUGAAGGCUACAAUAAUUCCCUGGAUAGUUUCCAUAGACUCUUACUUAUAAGGUCUUGGUGUCCGGAUCGCACUCUAUUUCAAGCUCGGAAAUACAUUAGCGAUUCCCUACAUGUGAAGUACACAGAAUCCGAUGUUCUCAACCUUGCAAGCACUUGGGAAGAAAGCGACACUCGUACUCCACUCAUCGGCCUCCUUUCUGUCGGAUCGGACCCCACAAAUCAAAUUUAUGCACUUGCCAAGAAGCUAAAGCUUAAAUGUAGGGCCGUAUCAAUGGGACCUGGACAAGGCUUCCACGCAUGCAGGCUUCUCCAGAUGUCUAUGCAGCAGGGAGGAUGGGUCCUGCUCCAAAACUGUCACCUGGGUCUGGAAUUUAUGGAGAAAUUGCUAGACACCAUAGAAAGCUCGUCAGCCGUCCAUGAGACGUUCAGGGUGUGGAUGACGACGGAGCCGCACAGACAGUUCCCCGUAACUUUACUGCAGACAUCUGUCAGAUUUACCAAUGAACCUCCCCAGGGUAUGCGGGCCGGACUGAAGAGGACAUUUACCAGCAUCAGUCAGGAUUUACUGGACGCCAGCAGCAACCUCAUGUGGAAACCACUGCUGUACACCGUAGCAUUUCUACACUCUGCUGUGCAGGAAAGGCGCAAAUACGGUCCUCUAGGCUGGAAUAUUCCAUAUGAGUUCAGCUCUGCAGACUUCACAGCAAGCAUUGAGUUCGUGCAGAAUCAUCUGGAUGAAAGUGGCGUCAGGAAAGGUGUAUCAUGGGGCAGUGUCAGAUACAUGAUUGGAGAAGUGCUAUAUGGAGGCCACAUCACCGAUGAAUAUGAUAAACGUCUCCUCAACUGCUUUGCAAAGGUCUGGCUCAGUGAGAAGAUAUUUGAUCCAACCUUCGGUUUCUAUAACGGAUAUAAGAUCCCUCAGUAUAAGACCGUGGACCAGUAUCUGAAUUACAUCCAGUCUCUGCCAGCGGUUGACUCCCCACAAGUGUUUGGUUUGCACCCCAAUGCUGAUAUUACAUAUCAGAGUAAUGCAGCUGCCAGCAUCCUGGAAGCCAUAGCCAAGAUCCAGCCACAGGAAAGCCGCAGGGGAGUGGGGGAGAGUCGAGAAGCCAUUGUCUAUCGGAUAGCUGAAGAAAUGUUGGAGAAGCUGCCACCGGAUUAUGGUCCUCAUGAGGCGAAAUCACAGCUGGAGAAGACUGAAGCGCUCAGCCCAAUGAACAUAUUUCUUCAUCAAGAAAUACAUCGCAUGCAAAAGGUCAUCUCGAUAGUAAGGAGCAGCCUGAGUGACCUGAAGCUAGCCAUAGACGGAACCAUUAUUAUGAGUGAGAGCCUUAGAGAUGUCUUGGACGACGUGUACAGUACUCGUGUUCCCAAUGUCUGGAGGAAGGCGUCGUGGGCUUCUGCUACGCUUGGAUUCUGGUUCACUGAGCUGCUGGAGAGGAGCCGUCAGUUCACUUCGUGGAUUUAUGAAGGAAGACCAAACGUCUUUUGGAUGACUGGGUUUUUCAAUCCAAAGGGAUUUCUGACCGCUGUCAGGCAAGAAGCUGCCCGGGAACACAGGGGAUGGGCUCUGGACUCUGUGACUGUGCAGAAUGUGGUACUGAAGCACAUGAAGGAAGAAAUCCCUGCUCCACCUUCUGACGGGGUUUACAUACAUGGACUUUUCCUGGAGGGAGCCGGUUGGGACAGAAGGAGCAGCAAACUGGUUGAGUGCACCCCCAAGGUCCUGUUCACCAUGCUUCCGGUGCUGCACAUAUUUGCAGUGAAAUCCCCCAGUGUGACAGAUCCCAGUUUAUACUCAUGUCCAGUGUAUAAAAAGCCUGAACGCACCGACCACAACUAUGUGACCACAGUGUCCCUGAUGACCAGUCAGCCCAGUGACCACUGGGUACUAAGGGGAGUAGCCAUUCUGUGCGACAACAAGUGAUCCAUCCAUGCGGCCAUAUUGCUUCACAUAUGGUAACAGAG